AUGAGAGUGAAGAUUCAGAGAAGCAGCUCAUUCUUAUCCCAGAACUUUUUGGUUUAUACAUAUAAUGAAACUGGAUUUUUGCAUUUAGAGACUUCAUAUUUUAAGAUGCAUUGUCAUUACCAAGGAUAUAUUGCAGAUAUUCCAAAUUCACUUACAACACUCAGCAUCUGUUCUGGACUCAGGGGAUUCCUUCAGUUUGAAAACAUCAGCUAUGGAAUUGAGCCAUUGGAAUCUUCAGCACGAUUUGAGCACAUAAUUUAUCAAGUGAAAAAUGAGAAUCCAAAUAUACCACUGUUGGCAGAAAAUUACAGAAAUAUUUGGCAGAAAGACCAAUCCUACAAAGAUAAUUUAAGCUCACAGGAAACAAAUCUUUCAAAACUAUUACCCCAAUACCUAGAAAUUCACAUUAUAGUAGAAAAAGCUUUGUAUGAUUAUAUGGGAUCAGAAAUGAUGGCUGUAACACAGAAAAUUAUCCAAAUUAUUGGCCUUGUCAACACUAUGUUUACUCAGUUCAAAUUGACUGUGAUGCUAUCCUCCUUGGAAUUGUGGUCAGAUAAAAACAAAAUGUCUACCAACGGGGAUGCUGAUGAUUUAUUACAAAGAUUUUUCACAUGGAAACGAGACUAUCUUAUCCUACGGCCCCAUGACAUAGCAUUCUUACUUAUUUACAGGAAACGUCCUAGAUAUUUGGGAGCAACAUUUCCUGGCACAAUAUGCAAUAAAAGCUAUGAUGCAGAUAUUGCUAUGUAUCCAGAUACAAUAACUUUGGAGGGAUUUUCAGUUAUUAUAGCUCAACUACUUGGGCUUAAAAUGGGAUUAACAUAUGAUGAUAUUGAUAAAUGUUCUUGUCCAAGAUCUACAUGCAUAAUGAAUCAUAAAGCAGUGGGUUCCAGUGGUAUAAAGAUUUUUAGCAACUGUAGUGUACAUGACUAUAGAUAUUUUGUUUCAAAAUUUGAGGCUAAAUGUCUUCAGAACUUUUCAAAUUUGCAACCGGUAUAUCAAAAUCAAUCAGUAUGUGGUAAUGGGAUUUUGGAACCUAAUGAAGAAUGUGACUGUGGCAGCCAAGAGGAAUGUCAGUUUAAGAAGUGCUGUGAUUUUAAUACAUGUAAACUGAAAGACUCAGCAAGAUGUGGCUCUGGACUAUGCUGUACAUCAAACUGUGAGAUAUCAAUAGCAGGCACUCCAUGUAGAAAGAGUAUUGAUCAAGAAUGUGAUUUUACAGAAUAUUGCAAUGGAACAUCUAAUAAUUGUGUUCCUGACACUUAUGCAUCAAAUGGAAUGUUGUGCAGGUUGGGAACUGCAUAUUGUUAUAAUGGACGAUGCCAAACUACUGAUAACCAGUGUGCCCAGAUAUUUGGAGAAGGUGCUCAAGGUGCUCCAUUUGCCUGCUUCAAAGGAAUCAAUUCUCGCAUUGAUAAAUUUGGAAACUGUGGUUUUAAAAAUUCACAACCAUUACCUUGUGAUCAGAAGGAUGUUCUCUGUGGAAAAUUAGCUUGUGUUUGGCCACAGAAGAAUACUUAUAAAAAUGAUAUUCAAUCUGCAGUUUAUUCAUAUAUUCAAGGGCAUGUAUGCAUAUCUAUAACUACUGGGUCAUCAGUGAGAUCAGAUGGAAGAGAUUAUGCCUAUGUGGCUGAUGGCACUGUUUGUGGUACACAAAUGUAUUGUAUAAAUAAAACCUGCAAAGAAGUUCAUUUGGUGGGAAAAAAAUGUAAUGCUGCUAAAAAAUGCAGAGGAAAUGGGAUAUGUAAUAAUUUGGGUAAUUGUCAUUGCUUUCCUGGCUAUAGGCCUCCAUAUUGUGAAUUCCAGAUUGGUUCACCAGGGGGAAGUAUUGAUGAUGGAAAUGUUCAGAAAUCUGGUGGGUAG